AAUCUGGUAUGGAUCGAAUGAACCCGUUCGCUGAAGGACCUCAUUAUGGUCCCGUCCUCGAGCCGUUUCUCGUCAGAGUGGUCAGAGCAAAUGUCAAGAUAAAUCCUCUGCUCGCUCCUCCCAAUGAUGCCACGGAUGACUACCUUCAGUGGAACAUGGUGUUUGGGACUAGCAACUGCCACCGCUCGACUGAUCCACGACGUUCCUGGAUCAAAGGAAGGGGUGAACCGGCUACCCAUCCGCGUCUGUCGAGCUUGCGCAUCAUAUGCCACUCAUUCCCGGGAAUGAUCACGAUACAAGCGCGGGAUCCGAAAAUAGGAAUCACCUGUGGUGAAAUCCUCGACCGAAUAUCUCACUACCUCUACGGGGACGUCAUCAGGACAGAAUAUGAUUCUAUACCCAGAGCACGCAAAAAGACGAUAUACCAAUCUUAUCAGCACAAUAGAUCCACACACCCCAACGUGCCAGGAGGAUCUCUAGGAGACGGUAUGAGAAGGCUGGAUUACCUCUGUGCUGAUUCAAUGUUCGGGGGAAUCGUACAAAAUGAUAAUUUCGUGAAGGAUCACUGCGGGGACGCUCUACCGUGUACUUACGAGUUGAAGUGCUUGCCUAACUAUCCUCUGACACAACAAGAGCUACGCGACCAACAACAGCGAACUCGAGAGGCAGAACGUGCUCGACGGGCACGCUCACGCGCAAGUUCCCGAGGCUCAGGUUCCCAAUCCGAAACAGAUGAAUGAGAUGCUAUCCUUGCCCACUCGCUCGACAUAUUUUCUUUCUGUUGUUUUGUUUUACUAUUCUGCUCCUUUAUAUUUCUCGAUUGUCUUUUUAUUGUUUGCUCAUUGCUCUGUAUAGAAUUUUGCAGGAUAAAACCACUUUAUACCUCCAUGAAUUCACGCGUACGACCUUGUGUACAAUUCAACUUCUUAUUUACUUAUGAAUGUCAUUUACGAUUACAUAUAUUUGUACCGCAUGAUUGUUUUUCAAACCUGCGAAUUACCCACUAUCCUCCAAAAUUACGUGCUUGCGUUUUCCAACAUUCACUACCGCAUGUUUAUACCACCAACAUCAAAAGGACGCAUAAUGUUUCCCUCGUGAUCUUGCAGCUGAAAUGAAACACCCGAUAAUUGGCGCAAGCCUUGACGAAGAACAUGUGCGUGGUGGUUCCGCAAGUCGUCGACGUUGUAAUGGUCGAUCAGCUGCACAACUCGCAAUGACGGCGCAUUAACGGAUAUAUGAGAAAGAAAGUCAAAAAAGAGCCUGUAUUCCCUCGAAUGCGCUUGCUUUUUUCCGCACUUUAUGCCAAGAUAGCGGAUUGGAGGCAGUAUUAGUUCGGGGUCUGGAUCGGGGACGAGCUGAUCCCAGCGGCCAACAGAAAGCGUGAGGUUCGUCAAACGAGGACAAUAACGACG